AUGAUGCCAAGCAAUCACGAGGAGUCGAAAGCGACUGAUAGCGAGGACGACCGCAAGCCGGCCGCAUUGCCGUCUCAUAGACAAAGAAAGCAGUGGCAACACCAAUCUCAAGAUGGAUCCAAAAAAGGAUCUUUUUUGGAUCCACCGUCAGCGAAUGCGGUAGCUGCGACUGCCAAUCGGAAGAGACCUACAUUUGACUCUUCAGAUGACGGUCUCCUUGCGUCUCUCAGUAACUGCGAGAAGGCUUCAGAAGGAUCCAAAAACGCUGCGGUCAAAAUAACAAAAGAGUCUCCAGAAGAUACAGCGAACACUAACGCCGUAGCGCGCAAUAGGAAGAGCCCACCCACUGCAAUAGACUCAGACGUCGAUCCCCAUGUGUACCUUAAAGGCGAAGGAGAGACACCAAAAAUUUCAACAAGGAUGAAAGAGAAGGCAACCGUGGUUGGUACUAACAAUGACUGCAAGCCCGCAGCAUUGCCAACUUCUCCUCCUACUACACCCAGCAAGUGCCGAUACCAACCUGGAGUUGAUAAUGUUACGGAUUCAAAGCGGCGACAGACCAACCAAGAUAUACAAAAUCUCAACCUAAACAUUCCAUCUCUCUCUUCGUCUCCGCAGCGAAAAUUGGACUAUCAACUAGCUUCUACUAUACAAGAGCAGGAGUAUCAGCUCAAGAAGGCAGAUGCUGAGAAGGAACAUGAAGCAAUGACCAAGUCCCCCUAUGGUAAAGCCGUCCUUGUGGUUCAGGAGAUUCUGGAACUGACCAAAAAUACCAAGGACCAAGCCAAGAACGAGUAUCCCAACUUUGCUCAGAACUUUGACUCGGUGAGCACCGAUGAUAUGGUCUUCUUGGCCAAAAAUCUAUUGGAGAAGCAGCGCGAAUUUCUUGCUUCUGGGAUUCUCGGGUUUGUUGAUAUCGGAUACCACUAUACCGAUUCCACAAAUUUGAACAGCAUUCGUACAAAUGGUCUCAUGACCAGGAACGAACGAGAUUCGCAAGGAAUACAAGCUCACCGAUUCCAUGGCAGCACUUAUGGUGACGGUGUCUAUACUGGGAACAGUCCAACAAAGUUUGCGGGCUAUGGUAACACUGGACUGAUCGUCGGUCGUUUACUGGGAACUAUGAAAACGUUUGGGCAACAAACUACUGAUGGUGCCAACACUGUUCUUGUGCCCGAUCGCGAAAUCGUCGUCCUCAAGACCUCUGCCCAAUGCUUGCCCAUGAUUAAGUACGACAUGGGGCUAGUUGGAUCUCAAGAAGGGCAAGAUUUCAUCCAAAGAUUAACCAGAUCGCUGCAAGCGAUCCUCGACCAAGUUUUCAAUCCAGGCUUGACCGGAGCACCACUGACUUGCUACCGGUAUACAGACCCUUCUUCCACAAAUUUCCCAGGCCCAAUACAUUAUGGACCAAGGAAGCAAGGUCUAUUUCAAUAUAUUGCUCCAGAAAGGCUCGCUGGUACUGUCAACCCAAACGAAGCCUUCUGCCUUCCUCCUUCAUCAUGCAACUUUCAAAUUGACUGUGCUAUCUGUCACGAUGCUCUUUCCGAUCCUCGGUCUUGUGUCGCUGUGAAGGUAUGCAACCAUGUAUUUCACAAAGACUGUAUCGAGCAAGCUUGCAAGUCUGGUUCCAAAUGUCCCACUUGUCGCAAAUGCAUCGGAACGCCGCUUGGGAAAUCACCAUCGGGAUCCAUGUCUAUCAUGAUCCCUCCUGUCUUCAAUGGUAUGAAAUGCAGCGGAUUUGCAAACUGCGACACGAUUGUGAUUGCAUAUUCCAUACGAGCAGGAAUCCAAAAGCACUACCACGAGAAUCCAGGACAAUCGCAUUCUGGCAAGUACGUAACUGCCUAUCUUCCCAACAACUCUGACGGUCAAAGCCUACUCAAGAGACUCAAGUUUGCCUUUCUCCAUGGAUUGACAUUUACUAUUGGUACCUCCAUAACGACGGGUGCUACCAACCAAUGUAUUUGGUCCUCCAUUCACCACAAGACGUCGCCCAACAGCGGAGUGCAUGGAUUUCCUGAUCCCAAUUACUUUGCCAAUUGCAAUGGAGAGCUAGAUAGCGAAAAUGUCCCUGCAGCAAACCUACUUGAUGUCAAUGGUACAAAGAAACAAACUGUACUUGGUGGGAUUCCUCCCAUUGCCCAGCCUUUUGGUGUGGGUGUUGGUAGGGCUUUUGGUACGGGUUCAGCUUCCACAACCAUUUCAAGCUCUGCCAUACCUCAUAGAUACGGGGCUACAGUCAGACUCAAUCCCCAAAAUGGAACAAUGCAACAAGCUGUAGUUGGAUACAUUGCUCCAGAAAGGCUCUCUGGUGCUGUCAACCCAAACGAAGCCUUCUGCCUUCCUCCUUCAUCGUGCAACUUUCAGAGUGACUGUGUUAUCUGUCACGAUGCCCUUUCCGAUCCUUCGUGCUGUGUCGCUUUGAAGGUAUGCAACCAUGUAUUUCACAAAGACUGUAUCGAGCAAGCUUGCAAGUUCGGUUCCAAAUGUCCAACUUGUCGCAAAUGCAUCGGAACGCCGCUUGGAAAAUCGCCAUCUGGUUCCAUGUCUAUCAGUAUCACCUAUAAUCUGAAGUGCAGCGGAUUUGCGGCUUGGGACACGAUUGUGAUUGUGUACUCCAUGCAGGCAGGAACCCAAAAGCACUACCACGAGAAUCCAGGACAACCCCACCCGGACAAGCAUGCAACUGCCUACCUCCCAAACAACCCUGACGGUCGAAAUCUUCUCAAGAGACUCAAGUUUGCUUUUCUCCAUGGAUUGACAUUUACGAUUGGUACAUCCAUGACGACGGGUGCUACCAACCAAUGUACUUGGUCAUCCAUUCACCACAAGACACACCCAGAUAGUACAGUGCAUGGAUUUCCUGAUCCCAAUUACUUUGCCAAUUGCAAUGGAGAGCUAGAUAGUGAAAAUGUACCUGCCGCGAAUCUACUUGAUUCGAAUGGACAAAAAUUGGUGACUACGCAGCCCUAG